AUGAAAGGAAUAGUUAUUGGUUUCAUUUGUUUAAGGAAAGUUUUCCUGUGUUCCAUUUUCCUAUUGGCAUAUCUGAGUUCGACUAAGUGCGCUUACCGAGAAGGAUCUUACAUAUGGUACAACGAAAACUCCACAUCUGAUUUAGCAAUCAACGAGGCAUCCACGAGCAGCUAUGAAUCUUUAGCAUCGAGUAGUGAAUCUUUAUCAGCACGUAGCGAAUCUCUAUCAGCACGUAAUGGAUCUCUAUCAGCAAGUAGUGAAUCCCUAGCAGCAGGUAGUGAAUCUCUAGAAGCAAGUAGUGAAUCUCUAGAACCAAGUAAUGAAUCCGAGGAUGACCUUUAUGACAGCGAAGAAUCCGUAGCAUGUCAAGGAGAGCUAAAUAACAAGACCCCCAUGUGGGAUGGCUUAAGGGAUGGAAUAUCUGAAGAUGAUGUGUCAGGAGAAGAUUUGUCUCAUGUAGAAGAGGGAUUCGAAGAAAUGCUAAAUGCUGCCUUAAAAAAUAAUUUCCAAAAAGAUUUAUCCACUAGCGAAAAUAGUUUAUACGGAGAUGAUCAGUUAUCGAAAAUCGGCUUCAGUAAUAAUUGCUCAGAAACUAAUCUGGACAGCGACAUGGGAGAUUUUAAAAGUGGAAGGUCUACACACGGAUUCGAUAUAGAUAUGGACACACCUAAGAGGUCUACGGAUAGAGAUCAUGCACCCCAAGGAGAGGAGGAAUGGAUGAAUGUCAAAGCAGAUCUACAGAGACAAAGGAAUCACCAAAGGAAUAGUGUAAAUAUAAAAUUAAAGAAUUUUUACGGAGAAGAAAAAAUAUAUAAUGUGAAGAGAGAUAGCUUUAUGGUAAAAGUGAUAAACUAUCUGCCGUUUGCCCCAAUUGUUACAUUGAUAAUUAUAGUCCUUGCUCUAUUUUGCUUCAAAUGCCUUUAUUGUUGUCUUUUGGUGUGUAGCUUUGCUAUGAUAGCAGCUUGGAAAUACCGGAAACGUUUAAACAGAAAACAAUUCGAACGUGUAUUUGGAAAAAAGAGAAGAAAGCUAAAUAGAGCAGAAAAAAGAGGUGGGAAAAUAUCUAGAUUUCUUAAGGAGGGACACAGAGUUUUGUUUGACUAUUUGGAUCUCUUUUAA